CUUUAAAACUCGCAAACCCUAGAGAAGAGAAAUGGAAAAUUGGAGAAAAAUAUUUUGAACACAGAAGCAAUGUCAGACUACUUUCCUGAGGAAAUCAUACAAAGAAUCCUGUUGAGGUUGCCUACCAAAUCCCUAAUCAAAUCCACCCUAGUCUGCAAGUCAUGGAUGUCACUUAUCAAAUCCUCUUCCUUCAUUCAAUCCCAUCUCUCCACCACAAUCGACUCCAACAACCAAAACGACGCCCACCUCCUCCUCCUCAGCGCUUUCCCUUACGACGUUUCUGAUCGUUUGCACUGGUUGCAUUGGGAUAGCCCUGAAUUCGGUGAGUAUUCCAUGCUUGCAGACCCAGUCACUUUCUUGGAAAACAAACGUAUUUCGGAACUAGAGGUUGUCGGAACUUGUAACGGGCUCAUAUGCCUUGCGCCUGCCAUAUCUGGUAACCAUUCCCCCACUUUAAUUUGGAACCCAUGUAUUAGAAAGAUUGUGAUUUUGCCUAGCCCACCUGCUUGUUUUACCUCUACUCAGUAUGAUGAGUGCAUAAAGCAUGGCUUUGGCUAUGAUUCACAUUCCAAUGACUAUAAGGUGUUGAGAAUUGUGACUCUUCCUGAUGAUCAUUCGGACUUGUCCCGAUUCGCCACCGUGGUUCAGGUUUACUCAUUAGCCAGGGGCUCCUGGAAGACUCUUGAUGCUUCUGUUGUUCCUGUAGAUUUGCGGGGUGGUUCUUAUACUGUAUUUCUCAAUGGUUCUCUGCAUAUGCUUGAAGUUCGUCUAAGUGUGGGAUAUGAUGAUCAUGCGGAUGAAUAUUGUAAGUAUGGGGGAGAUACUUUCAUUGCUUCCUUUGAUAUGGCCACUGAAUUAUUUGGCGAGGUGAUGGUGCCAGAAGCUUUUCAGAGCAACAGAUGUACAAUUUCAAAAUAUGGGGACUCCCUUGCCUUGAUUAAGCAUUAUGAUUAUAACUGUGGUUGUGACAUAUGGGUAAUGAAAGAGUAUGGUGUCACAGAGUCGUGGACAUAUUUGUACAAGAUACCUGGGUUUCAAGAUCGUAUAUAUGGUUUCAAAAGGUGUGGGGAAGUUGUUCUGAGUGACGAAAAUAAUCAUGGUCGGUUAAGAAUGAUUUCGCUGGAUCCUAAGAGCAAACAAGUUCAAGUUUUCGGAAAUAAGGAUUAUAUUUACUACUUCAUGGAUUGUUUUGUAGAGAGUCUCAUCUUGCUUGACCACAUCAAUGCCAUUUCGUACCAAUGAGCAAGGAAGAA